AUGGCCCAACCCGUUGACAUCGAGAUGGGCGAGGCGAAUACCAACGACGCCUCCACCCACAAACGCGCCCCAGAUCCAUGGUUUGAGUAUCCCGAAGAUGUAAUCGAUAAAGGCUUAUGGGGCCUUAGCUUCCGUCUCUCCCAAGACAACACCCUUGGGCACCACCAUCUUUACCAGCCGGCAGCGCAAAGGGCCCUGAAAUAUCUGGCCGCAGGUGCGCAAAGGCAGUUCCUCGCAGUACUUGAACGAGAUAAGAACGGGCCCAGUCCUCCAGACGGCGAGUUUGACGAGCACAAUGAAGACCUCUGUCGUAUGCUGGAGAAAUAUUAUGUCUUCUUGCUCAAAUUCGCUGCUGUAUGCAACCUGCCGGUUCCAUCAAAGACAGGCUUGAAGCGCUUGGAGGACAUGGUAAAGAUCCACCUCGGCACGAAUCAUCAAUUGCCGUCGAUAGAGAACCCCGAGCAGUACAGGACUUUGGCACCAAAAGACCCUGUGUAUCGGCUCAUUGACUUUCUUCUGAGCAACGACUGGACAAGUCCCUGGCUUUUUUGGCUGCCGGGCAAGGCGACGCUGAUUGAUGGAGAGACCUUCACCGAGACUGAUAUGAGGCGGGUUCACGUCACUGCGAUGGUCAUCAAAGCCGUUGGUAUCGGGCUAGGCUGUUUCCUUCCCGUCUGUCUCCUGAUAUUUGGUAGCGGCUCGACGCAGGUCUUCAGUGGACUCUCUCUGGCUAUAUGUGCGGUUGCCGUAGCCGUGAUGCUUUACGGUGCUGAGGGAGGAAUGCUCCUGGUUCUUACUUAUCUAACAAUGGUUAUCACCGCGGUCUUGACGAGGCAAUUCGCAUCCUCGUCCUAG